AUGGAUAAAAGCUGGUUGAGUAUUCGGAACAGAGUCGACCAAAGGUAUAGAGAUGGAGUAGACAACUUUCUUAAUUGGGCAUUCAGUCAACCAACGGUGAACACUAUGAUUCGGUGUCCUUGUAAAGGGUGCAUGAAUACCGUGUUCAAGCUAAGGGUUGGUGUAAGAGAUGAUUUAUUGAAGAAGGGUUUUUGUGAUUCUUAUAAAGUGUGGGACUUGCAUGGAGAAGUUUUAGUUAGAGUUGAAACUUCUAAUACUGCAGUUAGUGAUGAAGCGGGAGAUGAAAGCAUUGAAGAGGAUAAUAUUACUGAAAUGAUUCACGAUGCUUGUGGACAUACGAAUGUGGAGGAUAAUGAUAAUAAUUCAGAGGACAAUGAAGAGCCAAAUAUACAUGCAACAAAGUUCUACAAAUUGUUAGAAGAUGCUGAGACAGAACUUUAUCCUGGUUGUAAAAAAGUCUCGAAGUUGUCUUUUGUUGUUAAACUACUUCACUUGAAGUGUCUUAACCAUUGGAGCAACAAAUUGAUGGAUGCAUUAUUGAGCUUCUUUAAAGAAGUUCUUCCCGAGGGGUCAUUUGUGCCUAAUUCUUUCUAUGAAGCAAAGAAAGUUCUUUGUGACCUCGGCUUGGGGUACACCAAAAAAGAUGCAUGUAGGAAUGAUUGUAUUUUAUAUUGGCGUGAUUAUGCCGAUGUCCAAGCAUGUCCUAAGUGUGGUAAGUCUAGAUGGAAGUCCGAAGAACACGGAGGCAAGAAAGUAGCUCAUAAAAUCUUGCGGCAUUUUCCAAUCAAACCAAGGCUUCAAAGAUUGUACAUGGCAAGAGAAACAGCUAAAAAGAUGAGGUGGCACAAGGAGGGAAAUGUUGAUGAUGGUGUCUUGCGACAUCCAUCUGACUCAAUAACAUGGAAAUCCUUUGAUGCACGACAUUCCACCUUUUCAGCUGAGUUAAGAAAUGUUCGAUUAGGUUUGGCGAGUGACGGGAGAGUGUUCGCUUUUGCGAAGAAUUGUGUCGCAUUUGCGAGGAAAGAGCAGACCUGGGCUAACUUCGACAAUUGCGAAAGGCCAAUUCCGAUUUGCGAACCAGGCUUCGCAAAUGUGAAGCCUGCAGAUUGGUUAUUGAAGAAAAUAACUGAGGAAGAAGCAGAGUUGUCAUCUGGAAGCAAAGAAAGCACAGUUGCACAAUAUGCCGUAUCACAACGACAAAGAGUGAUUAGCCCUCCCAAGAGUCAAUCUGAGGAUCCCUAG